UCCCCACUGGCUGCUCUGAAAAGCCAUCUUUGCAUUGUUCCUGUGUCCGGCUCUCCGUUCGCCGCAACCACCUCCGCCGCGCGCCUCCUCCGCCACCGCGGACUCCGGUAGCUUUCUCGCCAGAGUCCUCGAACUCUUGGUUUCUUUUUAAUCCGCUGCAUCGGAUCACCGGUGUGCCCCAUCAUGUCAGACGCGGCUGUGGACACCAGCUCCGAGAUCACCACCAAGGACUUAAAGGAGAAGAAGGAAGUUGUGGAGGAGGCAGAGAAUGGAAGAGACGCACCUGCUAAUGGGAAUGCUGAGAAUGAGGAAAAUGGGGAGCAGGAGGCUGACAAUGAGGUAGAUGAAGAAGAGGAAGAAGGUGGGGAGGAGGAGGAGGAAGAAGAGGAAGGUGAUGGUGAAGAAGAGGAUGGAGAUGAAGAUGAGGAAGCUGAGGCAGCUACGGGCAAACGGGCAGCUGAAGAUGAUGAGGAUGAUGAUGUCGACACCAAGAAGCAGAAGACUGAUGAGGAUGACUAGACAGCAAAAAAGGAAAAGUUAAACUUAACAAAA